AUGAGUUCAAGACCAACCAGACCUGGUGGUAAGAAACCAUCGGCAGGCUCUGUUACGAUCACAAUGUCCGACUUUCAGACAUAUGAAAUGCAGAGUCGGUCAGCGGAAUGUCGCAAGUGGAUCGAACAGAUCGUAGGCGAAGAAAUCGAUAAGGACAUGCAUGUUGCCUUGAAAGACGGUGUUGUCCUAUGCAAACUAGCCAACAUAAUCUUCCCAAACAUCAUUCCUCGUUAUAACAAAUCGCAAAUCACCUUUAAGCUUAUUGAGAAUAUCAAUUCAUUCAUUGCAGUUGUUAAGAGAUUGGGUAUAAACGAACAUCAGAUAUUCAUUGCAACCGAUUUGAUUGAGAAUAAGAACAUACAAAAGAGCGCGCCAAGUCAGUCUGCGUCUAGCUCUGCCAAUAACACACCAACCAGAGCGGGAACAGCUGGUCGUUCCAACUCUGUAUUCUCACCACCAAAAUCAAACAUCCUCUCACCGUCACCAUCAUCUUCCUCCAACACAACUAACAACAACAGCAACAGCAAUAGUAAUGUAAUAUCGAAUGGAAAUGGAUCACAAAAUGGUAUUACAAAUAGUCCAUAUCGUUCCAACUCUUUGAGUUCAGGUUCAGGUCAAUCAGCUAAACCAAACAUACUUCCAGGUUCACCGAUCUAUUCAAAUCCAGUUCCAGCUAGUCAACAAGUUGCCGACUCACCAAAAACAUCAUCGAUUUCACAACAAACCACUGCAACAGCGACUAUCAACACAUCUUCUCCAUCACCUCCAUCACACACACCAACAACAACAGUAACAACAACAGCAGCAGCAAUACCACCAACACAAUCAGUUUUAGAACAAAAAAUGGAGAAAUAUCACAAGUUGGCGAGUGAAUCAAAGGAAUCUGUAUCACCAUUGCAUUUUGCAGUGAGAGAAGCUGAUGUCGAUGCAGUGAAUCAUCUCACCAAAUAUAGCAAGGCAGUGACUGUCUAUGGCAGAACACCACUUCACUUUGCAGUGUCAUCGCAACGUCCAGAGUUGAUCACCAUUCUGACAGAUGCAGGUGGCGACGUCAAUGCACCCGACAAAGAUGGAAACACUCCACUACAUCUCGCUCUGCUUCAUGGUGACUUCUUGACUAUUGAGUCACUGGUGAAGCACGGCGCAGAUGUAAACGCUGUCAACAACGAUGAUUCUACACCAAUAAUGAUGGUAUCACUCAAUGGAGAUGAGCGUAUUGUCGAUCUCCUACUGGGUGCAGGCGCCAACGUAAAGUCGGCCAACAAAAAAGGUAACACAGCACUACACUAUGCAACACUGCGUGGUCACAAGAGAGUCGUUGACAAACUGCUGGAAGCUGGAUCCGAUGUGAACGCUGUCAAUAUGGAUGGCGCCACUUCACUGCAUGUCGCCGCCGAAGAGAACUUUGCUGGCAUUGCAGAGUCGCUUGCCAACAGUGGUGCCGCAGUCGACUCGCAGCGACUCGACGGAUGGACACCGCUAUACACUGCCGCCUACAAAGGCAACUUGGAAACCGCUAAAUCACUGCUGGAAAAGGGUGCGCGUGUUGACGAUAUCAAUUUGGAUGGCUGGACCCCGUUGCACGCUGCCUGUGCAGAGGGACACUUGGAGGUGGCACAAAUGUUGAUCCAAGUUGGCAAAGCCGACGUCAACAAACAGGAUUCACAAGGAACUACUCCACUCUACCACAGCUGUGCAUUUGGCAGUUUGGAACUCACUAAAUAUCUGUUGGAGCAAAAGGCCGAUCCGGAACUGUCGAAACCCGGUGGAUGGAAGCCGAUUCACAUUGCUUGCUACAACGAGAACGACGCUAUCACCCGACACCUCGUGGACGAAUCGGUCGAUCUCAAUGCAGGUAACAAUGAAAUCAAAGGAUACGCUCCCAUUCACAUCUUGAUAUCCACUGAGGAGCCAAGACUGGCUAUCAUCGAGCUGCUGCUCAAGAAAAAGAUUGAUAUCAACAAGAAGAACGUCAAUGGAAGUACACCACUGCACUUGGCAGUGUUUUGGAAUCAUUUCAAGGUGUUGGAGCUGCUUUUGCGAUACAAUGCUUCGCUUGAGGAAAAGAAUAACAAAGGUAGAACACCACUCAGUUUGGCAUGUCACUAUGGUAACGAAGAAGUCGCGCGAUUCCUCGCAGAGAAAAUGCAGAUCGAUCCGCGCAAACUAAAGAUAAAGAAUAACAAACAGAAAAUUUUAGACAUGGAAACUCCCAGUGCUCCACCUGCUCCACAGAAUUAA